AUGCGAUCACGCGAAUACCAGAUGUAUGGUCAUAAACCUUAUUUGCUGUAUCUUCGGCUGACCUCGCAUCCAGAGAACCACGAAGUCUCCAUUGACCCGCCGGUUUCUCGGAUCAUUGCGGAUUCUCGGCCUGGAGCAGUGUGCCGACAACACGGCCUCCACGGCCUCGCUUUGCGGGUUAGCUCCGCGUGUGGCACUGUAGGUCAACAGAUUGACAGACAAACCCUUGGGGGCCUACUCGGUCCGUUGAGUGCUCCAUAUACAUAUCCCUCCUCCCUUCGGGUAGUUGAGCCUUUUGGUCCCUUGCCAAAGCUGUUCAAGGUAAUUUCUGUCAGCCUUUCGUUCCACCACUGA